UGAAAUGAGCAAUAGCAGUGAGCAUGACGAAUUCUCUCCGAAAAGUUUCGAGGCUCUCGAUUUCUACGACGAAAGGUUGCUGUUCACCUGGAAUGGCAAUAGAACAAGAAUAUCGUGGUUGGAGAAAGAGGAUGAAUUAAGAUCGCGAAUUUUGCUGGCGCCGAGAGAUAUUAGGAAAAUUCAAAGUUUCAGUGGAAGAGUCUUCGUUACCUGCAAACCGUACGGCGUCUAUAAAUUGUCGAAGGCUUAUCAAUUCGCGCUUUUGAGUCCGACUGCAAUUGGAAUCGGAGCACAAUUCUACCAAGUUCUUACACUCAAAGAUGAGUACAUAUAUUUUGGAGACAAACAGAACAAAGUUUCUAAACUUUUGAUAAAAUUCGAUCAGAAGAAAAGCGAUGUUAUUCCAUGCGUUGUCGGAAUGGUCUCUGAAGAAAUUGACGAUCAGUUACUGGGCGCUUUGCGAGAAGAAUCUGACAUGGCGCAUAACGAAUUCUGCGUUCUUACUAACGGAUAUGAGAUAUUCAAAAUCACGUCAAACGGAGUGAAGAUACUUUACAGUUCACCUUAUCCCAUUAUUGAUAUCGAGAAAGUCAAGAAACGAAAAAAAGUCGCGUGUCUACUGUUCGUAACUAACACAAGUGACGCAAUUUUGAUGUAUCCUAGAAACGGUGAUUUAAUUUUCGAAAAAUUUGAAGUUGAUCAGAAACUGGAAACCGUCUGCGCUUGUUGCGACGAAAAAUCGGAUAAAGUUGUUUGGCUCAUUCACUCGGACGGCAAGCGGACUUACAGAAGUCGCAAAGUUUUUGGCGAAUAUUCCAUCGACAGCGUAGAGUUGAAAGAGAAAAAUAUCCUCUGCAUUCGUCAUUAUGAUUCCAAAAUUCUAGGCCUAGAUUCAUCGGGUGAAAUCAUAGGGAUAGACCCGAAAAUUGCUGAAAAUAGCGAUGAUUCCGGAGAUGAAGAUUUCGUUAAAUUGAAACCAGAAAUGUUGAAAGGAACCAAAGAGAUCGUUGAAGCGAUUUGCGACAAGGUCAAGGAGCUUCAAAGUUACAACGAAAAAUUGCUCAGCGAACAGAAUGCUCUCAAGAGAAUUAACUUGGUCGCUAUCAAACAGAAGAUUCCAAUCAAGUCAAGAAUGGGAUGGCGAAAAAUCGGGAACCAUAAUUUCGUCAAUUUUGAUUUGUCAGCCAGUGUGGCGGAAAAUUGCCAACUAUCCGUAUCUCUGAAAUCUGGUGGGCGCAAAAUAUUCUCGACGAAGCGAGUUACCGGAAAUCGAACGAACAUCGAACUUCCAAUUCCUGAUUUUAUAAUCCUGGAAAACUCGACAAUUGAUACCGAUUUAAUCACCUCAGCGAACGAGAGCUUUUGCUGGUGUUUCGUUAAAAAUUGCAUUAAAAAUAACGAAGAUGACGAAUCUGACGUCAGAACAGACAAAUUAAAUUGUGACAAAACUAAUCUUACUAUGGCCGGAUUAACGGCUUUGCGCAACUUGAACUCGGAAGAGACGGUAGACAUUGAAAAACUAGACGCAAUAAUGAACGGUGUACGAAAGGCCGUGAACGGCGUUUAAAUUUUGAUAACUUUUUCAUUCUUGAACCAUUGCCUGUUCAUUUUUCUUUCCCCGUUCUUUGCAUUAUAUGCCGGGGAAAUAAAGUCAUUGUUUGUAAAACAAGAUUUCCAUGGCUGUUGGAAAAAAUUUCAAAAAAUUUUCGACCAACGGAUGAAUUUGUUCGCAGGGUGUUUAAUUUUGAAAAACAGAAAAAAUGGCUGGCGCCAUCAAUCCACGCAUUGUCAGAGGUGCUAAAUACCGACUAUUUAUCCCUGUGGAACAAUAAAGCUGUGACUGCGUCUAGUCAUAACUCUUGUACAUUUCUAAACAGUACCGGAUCGUGUACAAAAUAGUCGAAGAUCCUGUUGUUGUAAGUUGCGUGAAAAAACAAAAAAAACGUUCGAAUCGCAUCAUGUAAAUCGAAAGUUGUCUUUAUACUAAAAAUAGUAAAUAGGUACAUCAAGCAAAAACUAUUUCUACGCAAGUAACACGAAUACGAAGAAUUUUGGUCUGCAGUCAAUUAUCGAAGAUUUAUCGAGUUCGUGGCGGUCAACAUCACGUCACGAUUACAAAGAAACGGGAAGUUUAACUUCUUUCCAGAAUUAGAGCUGUCCACAACGAUAUCACAGCCGCUGCUCAUUGUUCCCUCGAAGACAAACGCCAGGAUGAGGCUAUAUAACAAACUAAACGACGCCCGUGUAGUUAAUCAACGCCCGUCAGAGCGGAUAAGAUAGAGCAUUCCUACUACUGCGACAUGCCGAAACAGGGAGAACGCACAGUCGGUAUAAAAUGUAUUAAUUAAUUCCUCACUGAUUUUGCAUAUUUACAAAAUUCCUAUAAUUACGCCAUACAUUCGACGACGAAAAUAUUUACCGCUAUAGUAUUUGGUCACCCGGUAUAAUGUGUACAAUAUAUCUAUAUCAUACAUAUAUAACUGUUAAGUAUACAUUUAAUACUCGUUGUUAUUCAUGAUAAAAAAAUAUUAAGUUUAAAA